AUGCCCGCGGUGUGCACGGCGCGCGCGCUGACCCCGCGCGCCGCCGCGGGCCCGUGCCGUCAUCGCCCCGCGAACGGCCGCCUUCUCCCGCUCAGAAAGCCUCUGCCGGCGUCGCGCGUCGCGGCGUUCGAUCUUCGACGCCCCGCGUCCGGGUCGUCCGCGGCAUCGCGCGCGCGCGGCGGUCGCGCGACGUCGACGUCGACGACGACGACGCGCGCGACGCCGCCGGACGCGGACGGACCCGAGGCGAACGCAUACGACGACGACGACGCGGACGUGGCCGCGGACGCCGCCGACGCGGACGACAACGCGGACGACGCGCUCGCGCCGCGGGCGGGGACGACGCGCGAGGGCAGCGAGGACGACGAUCCGUUCGAUUACCUCUCCUCCGCCGACCCCCCGAACGACCCCGCGAAGUCGAAGUCGAGCGCGGCGUCGCCGUCGCCGACGCCCGCGGCGGAACCCGCGCCGUCGCUCGCGCCGCCGACGCCGUCGCCCGCGCCCGCGCCGGAAGCCGCGGAAGCCGCGGCCCGGGACGCCGCGCUCCCGCCGACGCCGCCGCCGACGCCGAAUCCGCCGCCUUCGACGCGCCCGCCGCCGCCGCCGUACGACGGCGCGCAAUUCGACGUUCGAGGCGACGCCGUGUUUGGCGACACAUACGCCAACUACCCCGGGUACGAGGGCGUGUACGUGGACAACACGAACGAGGAGAACGAUCGGCGCGGGAUCGUGGCGCCGUCGCCGGAGCAGCUCCUCGCGGCGGCGGCGGCGGCGCCCGCGCCGGCGCUCUCGCCCGACGAAAAGAUGGCCGCGGCGGCUUUGGAGCUCAGGCGCGUUCUAUACACUAGUUCCCAUACGACCGCGUUGGCGUGGUGA